GCUCAUUAAGCUUACCCCGCAGUCGUGUCUCCUCACUUAGUCGGCCACUGUCGCGCCCGCCAACACUGCUGCUGUCUCGCCAUGGCAGAACCGUUUUCACACGCGUACCCGGCCUCGAAGCUGGGUGAGUACACGGUCGUCGAGGAGAUUGCGGAGGGGACGUUUGGGAAGGUCAAAAUGGCUGUGCAUACCAUCACCGGGCACAAGGUUGCUAUGAAGUAUAUCUCUAAGCAGGUCAUUGCGGCGACCAAGACCAAGAAUCGCGUCCAGCGCGAGGUCGAGUACAUGAGGAUGCUUCGGCAUCCACACAUUAUCAAGCUAUACGAGGUCAUCUCAACGGCCACCGACAUCAUCAUCGUUCUCGAGUACGCCGGCGGCGAGCUCUUCAACUACAUCGUCGAGCACGGGCGGAUGCCCGAAUCCAAAGCGCGGCGCUUCUUCCAGCAGAUCAUCUCCGGCAUCGAGUACUCGCACCGGCUAAAGAUUGUUCACCGCGACCUCAAGCCCGAGAACGUGCUGCUGGACGCGGACCAGAACGUCAAGAUCGCCGACUUCGGGCUGUCGAACGAGAUCAAGGACGGCGACUUCCUCAAGACGAGCUGCGGGAGCCCGAACUACGCUGCGCCCGAGGUCAUCCGCGGAGGCUUGUAUACGGGGCCUGAGAUCGACGUGUGGAGCUGCGGUGUGAUUCUGUAUGUCAUGCUUUGCGGACGGCUACCAUUCGAGGACGAGGACGUGCAGUCGUUGUUCACCAAAAUCAGCCAGGGUGUCUACACCAUGCCCCACUACUUAUCCCCCGACGCACAGGAUCUCAUCUCGCGGAUGCUCGCAGUCGAUCCUGUCAAGCGGAUCACCGUCCCCGAGAUCCUCCAACAUCCUUUCUUCACAACCGACCUCCCACGCUACCUCCAGCCCCUCCCUCCGAAGCCGACUGUCCUGCCGACACUGGCGUCCCUCGUCACUCCGCCGUCAAAGGCAUAUGACUUUGAAAUCAUCGAUGGUCUCGGGAGGAUUGAAGAGGAUGUUGUAGAUGAACUCACGACAAGGAUGGAGGGUGUAGAUAAGGAGGAUGUGUGGGAGUCGCUGAGGAGGGACGACGGCCCGCAAGGCAAUGCGGUGAAGGUCGCAUACAUGCUGCUGAGGGAUAAAAGAAGACUCGGAAGAGAUCUAGCUGAGUUCGAGGAGCAGGAGAGGGACGCACAAUUGGUUGCCAUGGACCCACGAAACUUGCUGUCACCAAACGCGCUCUCGCCCGGCCCGGCCGAUCUCGAAGAAAACCCAUUUGAGAACGAAUUCGGUGGCUACGACGAAGACGAUUUAGAUGACGGACUCGACUUCUCUACACCGCAAGAAGCAGAGGUUAACAACUUUGCCGUGCUCAACUCUUCGCUGCCCGAUCAGCUUCCCGAACAACACCACCUCGCAUCCUACGCUUCCGCCAAGCGGCAGCCCAUCAAGGAGAAGAAGCAGCAUCGGACGAAGUGGCACUUCGGCAUCCGAAGCAGGAGCCCGCCAAUGGAGGUGAUGCUCGAGAUCUACCGGACGCUGAAGACCCUCGGGAUGGAGUGGAAGUCAAAGAAGGACCUCGGCGGGCUCGGCGGGGUGCGGCGGGGCGCGCAGAAAGCGCACAUCGAGCGAAAUAGAGAGCUGGACUCGCCGCACUACGUCGAUCUGCGUGCGGCGUCGUCGAUAUACUUCAUCGAGACUCGGGCGAGAGUCCAGGACGUUGUGGUCUUGAUGAAUCUCCAGCUGUAUAUGGUCGACUCAAUCAAUUACCUUGUCGACUUCCACCACAAGAAGAUGUACACGGCGUCGAACGAGCCCGGCGCGGGCAAGUUCGACAUGGCGCAUCCGGACCUGACCCUGAGCGACACGGCGUCGCUCGAGUCCAGUCGCUCCCUGAAGGAGAUCAACAUCAAGGAGGACGAAGUCGUCUCGCCGUUCGUGUUUAUGGACGUCGCGUGUCGGCUGAUUCUAGAGCUCGCGGGCGGGGGCGAGUAGGUUCUCUUGGGUACUGGAAGAUGGAUCAUAGUGCGCGUGUUUGCUUUCGAUGUCGUUUGUGCUAUGCAUGUGCUGCUCAUUCUUGGUUACCCCACAUUGUAGCUCUCUGGUUUGGUGGUUGGGAUGUAUGAGUACGGCAGAGAAGUCAUCACUAGCAAUGUACAAUGUCACUAAUGCGACAGCGUUGACCCCACGUGAA